AAAGUGCAGCGGGGUGGGGCUCAUCAGUAGAAACCAGCAGACUUCAGUAGAGUCUCCGUCUGUCUUCAGUCGCGCGCUUUAUGCUAAUCACUCUGCGCGCACGAGCCCUGUGGAGGAGAGUUGAGCGGGCGCCAGCAGCAGUUUGGCUCGUGCGCUCGGCCGUUAGUUUGUCCUCCGGUCCGUCGGUUCUUUCUCCGCGGCUCUCAGCCUCCUCUCCUCCCCGCGCAGCGCUGCAGUUUGUCGGUGCGGCUCCGGUUCCUCCUCCCGGGCUGAAAGCUCCGGGUCCCGUCGUCCUCGCCUCGCUCGGUCCGCUCGGUUCUCUCUCUCAGAGUCUGGUCUCCGGUGUCAGGUCCGGGAUUCACCGUCGGUUUGGACCCGGUUCUCCUUCACCCGCUCCUUUACUUCAGCCAUAAAGGUUUUUCAGACCCGGUUCUCCGGCUCCGUUGGUCCGGUUCAGACAUGGGUUGGACUGUCCCGGUUCUGCUCUCAGUGAUCUGGGUCCAGCUCACAGCGGGAGUCCCGGACGGACCGGACGUUCAGGUGAUUGAUGUGUUGAGUCUCCAGGACUCGAGGCAGAGCGUGGCGGCGGUGGAGAAGCUGUCCGGCGGCCUAAGCGCGCUCAGUGACAUGUACGUGGUGUCGACGCUGCGGCUGCCGGCGAAGCUGGGCGGCGUCCUGUUCGGUCUCUACAGCAAACAGGACAACAGGAAGUACCUGGAGGUCGCCGUCAUGGGGAAGAUCAAUAAAGUCCUGGUUCGUUACAUCCGAGCCGACGGGAAGCUCCACACCGUCAACCUGCAGAACGCCAACCUGGCUGACGGCCGGACUCACUCCAUCAUCCUGAGGCUCGGAGGUCUUCACCGCGACCUCAUCAACAUGGAGCUCUACGUCAACUGCCGCCUGGCCGACUCCAGCCAGGGCCUGCCGCCUCUGGUCGCUCUACCCCGGGAGGCCGAGAUGGUGGAGAUCAGACACGGACAGAAGGCCUACGCCCGACUGCAGGGUGCAGUGGAGUCCCUCAGACUGGCUCUAGGGGGCAGCGUUGCUAAAGCUGGAGCUCUGACCGACUGUCCAUUCCAGGGAGACUCCUCAGCCUACAACACAGUGAGCGGGGAAGUCAACUCCAUCCUGGGUGAUCACACCAAGGCUCUGAUUGGUCAGCUCAUCAUCUUCAACCAGAUCCUGGGAGAGCUGCGGCAGGACAUCAGAGAACAGGUGAAGGAGAUGGCCCUGAUCAGAAACACCAUCCUGGAGUGUCAGGUUUGUGGUUUCCACGAGCCUCGUUCCCGCUGUUCUCCAAACCCCUGUUACAAAGGUGUGUCCUGUAUGGAGAGUCUGCAGUAUCCUGGCUUCACCUGUGGACCCUGUCCACCUGGAACCACCGGCAACGGGACGUACUGUCGCGACAUCGACGAGUGUGAGCUGCAGCCCUGUUUCUCUCCUGGAGCCUGUGUGAACACUGUGGGGGGGUUCACCUGUCAGCCCUGUCCUCCCGGCCUGUGGGGGGCGCCGCUGGCUGGAACCGGACUGGACUACGCCAAGACACACAAACAGGAGUGUGUGGACAUCGAUGAGUGUGUAGAUCUUCCUGACGCCUGUGUAUCAAACUCUGUCUGCAUCAACACUGUGGGUUCCUACAAGUGUGGCGGCUGUAAACCCGGUUUCCUCGGUAACCAGACGUCAGGUUGCUUCCCCAGGAAGUCGUGCGCUGCAUUGACCUUUAACCCCUGCGACACCAACGCCCACUGCGCCAUGGAGAGGAACGGAGAGGUUUCCUGCAGGUGUAAUGUGGGCUGGGCAGGUAACGGUAACACCUGUGGAGUGGACACAGACAUCGACGGGUAUCCAGACCGCUCUCUGCCCUGUAUGGACAACGACAAACACUGUAAACAGGACAACUGUGUGUUCACUCCAAACUCCGGUCAAGAGGACGCCGACAACGACGGGAUCGGAGAUCAGUGUGACGAGGACGCAGACGGAGACGGCAUCAAGAACGUGGAGGAUAACUGCCGACUGGUCCCGAACAAAGACCAGCAGAACUCGGACAGUGACUCAUUUGGAGACGCCUGCGAUAACUGUCCCAACGUCCCCAACAGCGACCAGAAAGACACAGACAACAACGGACAGGGAGACGCCUGCGACCAGGACAUCGACGGAGACGGUAUUCCUAACGUCCUGGAUAACUGUCCCAAGGUCCCGAACCCGAUGCAGACGGACAGAGACAGAGACGGAGUGGGAGACGCCUGUGACAGCUGUCCUGAGCUCAGUAACCCCAUGCAGACGGACAUCGAUAACGACCUGGUGGGAGACGUCUGUGACACCAACCAGGACACGGACGGAGACGGUCUCCAGGACAGCAGAGACAACUGUCCCGACAUCCCCAACAGCUCCCAGCUCGACUCCGACAACGACGGCCUCGGAGACGACUGCGACCACGACGACGACAACGACGGCGUCCUCGACGACUACGACAACUGCAGACUCAUCGUCAACCCGAACCAGAAAGACUCAGACGUGAACGGUGUAGGAGACGUGUGUGAGAACGACUUUGAUAACGAUGCUGUGAUGGAUCUGAUCGACGUCUGUCCUGAGAGCGCUGAGGUCACUCUGACAGACUUCAGAGCCUAUCAGACCGUGAUCCUGGACCCGGAGGGCGACGCCCAGAUCGACCCCAACUGGGUGGUGCUGAAUCAGGGGAUGGAGAUCGUCCAGACCAUGAACAGCGACCCUGGUCUCGCUGUGGGCUACACGGCGUUUAACGGUGUCGACUUUGAGGGAACGUUUCACGUGAACACGGUGACGGACGACGACUACGCCGGCUUCAUCUUCGGGUACCAGGACUCGUCCAGUUUUUACGUGGUGAUGUGGAAACAGACGGAGCAGAUGUACUGGCAGUCCAUCCCCUUCAGGGCCAACGCCCAGCCCGCCCUGCAGCUUAAGGCGGUGAAGUCUCGGACUGGACCAGGUGAGUUUCUGAGGAACGCUCUGUGGCACACCGGGGACACACCUGGAGAGGUGAAGCUGCUCUGGAAGGACCCGAGGAACGUCGGCUGGAGGGACAAGACCUCGUACCGCUGGCAGCUCAGCCAUCGGCCCCAGGUCGGAUACAUCAGGGUGAAGCUGUUUGAGGGGAUGGACAUGGUGGCCGACUCCGGCGUCGUGAUCGACACCACGAUGAGAGGAGGAAGACUCGGCGUCUUCUGCUUCUCCCAGGAAAACAUCAUCUGGUCCAACCUGCGCUACAGGUGUAACGACACGGUGCCUGAAGAUUUCCAGACUCAUCGUAAACAAGUUCUGAUGCACAUUCAGGUCUGAGAGCUGCAGACGGACUGUCCACACACACACACACACACACACACACACACACACACACACACACACACACACUACCCUGAACAACAGCCUCUCUGAAUGAAUCCACUUUAACUGUAGUUUGAUUGACUGAGUGACUGAGUGUGUGUCAGUGUGUGUGUGUGUGUGUGUGUGUGUGUGUGUAUGUGUGUGUGUGUGUGUGUGUGUGUGUCUCAGAGUGUCAGUCUGGGGGAACACUGACGAAGAGCAUCUGAACGCACCGUCCGUGUCGGUCUGUGUGACGUUUAAACGUCAGUGGGGACGUGUGAGGAGUUCAACUACGACUCCCAAGAUGCAUUUCACUGACAAACAGCCAAUCACAGAGGAAGAAAGAAAGAUUUGUGAUUGUGGGAAUUGACCAGCAGCUCCUCACACGUCAACACUGUUUUAUUUUGUGGGGGGGUCAGAGGUCGAUCAUGUCCGUCGGUCCUCGUUUCGUCUGUUUAUGAGUUUAUCUGAACAUUAGUAACCUUCAGGUAACCCCGCCCCCAGACGACCCUGCUGAGAACUGAUAAGCUAACGUCACAGAGAGGGAACAGUGGAAUAUUCCUUUACAUGUUUCUGUGUUUUCAAAUGUACAGAUCUUUGUUAAAAUAAACUCCUCCACUUUUACUAAAA